AUGGCAAAUACUGAGUGUGAGGAAAACAUAAAAAAGGACAUACAAAAAGAAACAAUCGAUGCUGUUUUAAAAGACUUGAAGUCAGAAAUAAAAUCAUUAGAAUACCAGGAUUUAAAAAUUCAAUGUACAUUGGACGAAGAAGUAUGGUUAUGUUUUUUAAUAUUAUAUAUAAGUUGUACUUAUACCUACUAUCAGUGGCGUGCUCAAGAAUUUUUAUCGUGAGGAUAUAAAGUAAAUACAAUAGUCAUGAAUAAAUCAUAGAAUCAUCUUUUAUACGAACUAAUCCGACAAUAAUAAUUUAAAGCCAGAUCAAAAAAAUCAACUUUUGUUCUAUGAAUCAAGCUUUUCGUCGUAACUUAACUGAAAUAUAUAGGUACCUACUUAUAGUUCAAGAUCAAAUAUUUAAAUAACUACUCAUACAGUGAGUUGUACUUUUAAGCGAAUUCGAGAAAUGGUUAUAAUCCCAAUCCUCCCUCUUCCCUUGCGCACACCACUGUUUAUUAUACAGUAAUUAAAUUCAAAUACAAUUUGUUUCCGUAUAGAACAAAAAAGGUUUGGAAAUGAAAAGACUGUUACGUGCCAGGGUACGUACAUAUUUUUGUUAAAUGCAUUUUUAAAAUAUUGUUCCUAAAUUUUUAUUAUUCGUGCAAAAAUUGUAACACUAGUACAUCAUUGUCUUUUCAGAAACCUUUUAGUCGGACGAAAACCGGUGAAUUGAUAUUCCCGGGGAAAAAAGAAAUGGUAUAGUUUAAAUAUUACAAGUAAAUUCAAAAAAUAUAAAAAUGUGAAACUGUGUAGUUUUUUCUAGGAAUUUAAAUUGAGCAUUAUGAUGAGAGAAAUAAUGAAGUUAAAAACGGUGUUAAAUGGUUUUGAAGAAGACCGCUGCCGAAUCAAUCUGGCCCAAGAAAUAAUCGUAAGUAUGUAGCGCGGGAAAUUUGUUUCCUUUUUAUGCAAAAGUAUAUAUCAAUCAUCAGUCAAUAUUAAUACAUUAGGUAUGUACAAAUAUAUUUUAUCAUGCUAAUUUAUUACGACUAUAGGAUGCCAACGAAAACAUCGGAGAUAAUGCGAAAAAACAAUUGAUCAAGGAAUUGGACAAAACGUACAACAACAUAAAAAAUGAAUUUGAGUUAAUUUGAUGAAAUACAUUUUGUUUUUUUUUUACAUAGAAACCUAAUUAUAUAUAUUUUAUUUAAAGUAAUAAAAUGUUAGAAGUAUCAAAGUAUCGGGUGAAAUUAGACGCAGUGAAAAAAGAAUCUGAUAUCAAUGAUAGACGACUAGAAAAAACACAAUUUGAUUUUGAUGAAGCUAUAGCACAAUUAGAGAAAACAGAAUUAGUAAGUCAUAUAAAUAUAAAAGACUGAAAAAUGUCAUUUUAUACUAUAUUGUAAAUGAAGAUUCAAUAUUAACUUGCCUUUAGUUUGUUCAUGGGGAGUCUGAGAAAAAAAAAGAGCUCGAAGAGGCUCAAAACCGUUUGAAUGAUUUGAAACCAUAUGUUGAUAAACAAAUGAACGAGCUGGAUGAAAAAAAUAAAUCGGUUAUUAAAAUGAAAAAUAAAAAGUAAUUUAUAUUUUUGAAUGAACAUAUUAUUCGUUUAUUGGUUUAGUAUAUGAGCGCUAUUCAUGAAAAAGAAUAUCAAAUAAUCCGAGCUAAGAGCCUGUGCAAAGAAAAGGCAAAAUUAACCACAGAAUUCGACAGUGAAUUUAACCGUGUUAAUGUCUGUGCAAUGUGCAUUGGAUGUAUAUUUGAAUAAUCCAAAUAGACGUCAUUAUUUUUACUUUAGGAAUAUUUUAAGAGUCGAUUCGAUGACAUUAAACAUUUGCCUACUGUGUUACAAGCGGUUCAAGGACAAUUGGCCGCCCAGAAAGAAUUAAAAAUAGCAGUGGAAAAAAUUAUUGAAACUCUCAGUAGAAAAUUAAAAACACUAGUACAAAUAUUAAUGUAGUCGCAAGUAGCAUUAAAUUAAAAGUGUGAUGUUUAAUAAUUUACAGAGUUCAAAAACAGAUGGUAGUUCCAUUAAUCAACUCAAACAAUUAGAGAAGCUAAAGGCCAAACAUAUUAGUUUAAAGUAAGAAUAAACGAAUAUGAACCAAUUGAAUUACUAUUAUUUUAGCUUUAACUUAAUAAUUAAAAAUUCCUAGACAAAGCAGUGGGUAUGGAGUAGGGCAGAGGAAAUAGAUACCCUUCCGUUCAAAGCAUAAGAGGGAAAACAUAUAAUUUCACCUCCCCACCCAAUAAAAUAUAGGUGAAACUAUACAAAAGGCAAAACCAAAUAUUUAAUUGUCAUUAAUAUUAUUUAUUAAUUCCUUAUAAAAAUUAAGAAAAAAGAUGCUAAUACUGAGGAUGGAAGCAGCCACUGUUGUAGGUGAAAUUUGGGAAGGUAGAAUACAUAAGGUUAUUUCAUUUAUAUCUGUUAGCAGCGAUAAACCAUCGAUUGACGAAAAACAAUCCCGAGCGCAGUUCGGUGAUACAUCAUUUGAAGCGCCGUAAUUUGUUUGCGAUUUUCGUUUAAAUUUGAUUUCAAAACGUUUAUUAAAAAAAAAAGUCGUCCGAUCAUUUCGAAAAUUUUACCACAUCCAAGUAAAUUGAAUUUACCUAGACGUGGUAUUAUGGUACCUUGGUACCUUGGUAUUAUUACCAAUUUUCAAGUUUCUACGUGUAUUUUUAACCGAAUUAUAGCAAAAAAAACUCCCAUGAAUUAAAAUUCCUUAAAAGCUCAAAAGUUUCGGUGAUGAUACCGUAAAAAAUAAAAUCAAAAAAAGCAUCUUGUAAUUUUUCGAUAAAAUCAUUUUUUUUGGUAGAAAAUAUCGUUCAUAUUUUUAUAAAAUAAUGAAAUUGUACGUUUUCCUACAUUUUUUCCCACUUAAGUGCUUUUAUUUAAAAAAUGGGGUAUAAAGUCAAAUUUGGACAACUUGAGCUUUUAAAAAAGAUGCUACACAUAAAAAUUGAAGCAAGUUUACUAGGAAAAAACAUAUCCAUAGAUUAGAACAAAGAAGAAGAAAAAAAAUAAACAUCUUAGUAAAACCUAUAGUUCAGCUCCCCCCUCGCUACGCUCGGAAUCUAAAAUAAAAAUGACCAAUGUUAAAAUUUCAAAUAAAUAUAUUUCAUAAUUUUAUAACAUAACUGAUAUUAUGGUUUUAAAAAAACUAGUAGGAAUUAUUGAUUAUAUUCGUAAUUGUGUGAUAUUAUCACUAUUUACUACACAAACUACGUACAAUUAGAUACGUAACAUUCAAUGGCAAAUUAGCAACACUAUAAACUAAUUGAACAGCAAUGCAAUUCCGGUUCGUGUUUUCACAAGUAAAAAGUAUAUCAUAUUAAUCUUCUCCAAUCAUAUAAACAUACUAUACUGUUAUUUAUUUGUUUAUAAUAAUUAACAUCUGCAAGAGGUUAACGUACAGAGUUUCUUGACACUAAUACAUAUAAAUACAAUUUUACAAUACAAUUAUAUAUUUAAACAGAAGUAUUUAAACAGAAAUUAUGUGUUAUACUAUGACUCAAUACAUUUUACUUUUUGAGCACUGGUGAGUACCAGUAGGAUAGUAAAAAAAAAAACACAGAAAGGGGAGGUGAGUCUAUGCAUACAUAUCAGGGGGGAAGACGAGUCUUAGGAAAUAUAGAAACUGUGUAGCGAUAGACGAAUACACCUUCUGUAUUUUGCUCCCCCCCCCCGUAAAAUAGUUCCUGCACCAUAUGAAAGUAUAGGUAUACACAUUGAUUGUUUUUUAUUUGGGGUUAAAUUUAAGGUGGACGUUAAAAAUACAUUUUAAAACGCCAAAAAUCAUUAUGUGUAACAUCUUUUUUUAAAAUAGGAACGAACAAGAAAAAACGCAAAAGAUUUUAUCCGACUUACAACAACAGCACAGUGAAAUAAAACAAAAUAUUAAUCAACAGAAAUCUCGAUUAGAAGAUAUAAAAGUCAAAACGUCUUUGAAACUUACUAAAUACUGGCGCAUUUUGAACGAGCUAAUCGAAGAGUAUUUGCAUACAAUUGAUAAUUUUCAAAAUCAAGUAUCUAAACUCGAGGCGUAUUCUUGUUUCGAGGAAGGAAAACUAAAACUUGUAAUAUCUCUUACCUAAUCUUAUAUAUUAUUUAUAUAAAAUUGGUAUUAUUAAUAAUAACUUUUGUAUAGGCGUCUUCUAUGAUGCAGAAUCAAAUUGAUAAUUUGUCAAACGUUUUAAAAGAUUCACAAAAACAAAUAACCAAAAUUGAAAAUUUACAGAAAUACUUGGCUGCUAAUGAAAAUGAAAGAUUUUGUGAUACAGAUAAAAUUUAA